AUGUGGAAGACGAGUUAUGCCAUCUACUUCUACAAGAUGUUGCACCAGAUGUAUCCAGACACGAGCAUCUCCUCCGUGAACGACAUCCUCGAGCGGAUUGCCUUUGAGUCGAGUCGGUUGGCGCAUUACAAUAAGAAGUUAACCAUCACGCGAAGAAAGAUCAACACUGCUGUGCAUCUACUGCUGCCCGGUAAGUCGGUCAUCCAUCCGGUGUCAGAGAGCACGAAGGCUGUGAUGAAUAAAUGCAAUAUGUAUCGAUUUGAUAAAAAAAGAAUUGAUGUGGCUAACGUAAAAUGCAUUUAG